CUGCACAUCGCUUGUCAUGGCACGCGGGACCGUGAGCAGCCUUACAAUCCACACUUCGCCAUGAUAGAUAAGCGCUUGACACUGCUCGAUAUCAUGGUGAACAAUAUUCUGCAAGCUGAGUUCGCAUUCUUAUCAGUGUGUCAUACUGAUGUGGGCGACAAGCAGACGCCCGACGGAGUCAUCCACCUCGCAGCUUAUCUGCAGUUUUCUGGGUUCAAAAGUGACAUU